CACAUUGUUGCAACAAUGACUUUACUUUAUAACCGAUAAUUUUUACCAUUAAAAUUUAUGUUUGAGUUACCCAUUAAAUUAGCCGCUUCUGUUGUUGGCAUAGUCGAUACGCCUCAGAAUUAAUUACUAAGAACCUAUUAAUCUGCGAUGGACCGAAAUUACAAGAUUGAGGACUUUGAAUGCUCAAUUGAGGCAAAACAUCUAGCCCGUUUUGAAGAGUACACGAGUCUGGGGUUGAUGGAACUUGGAUGUCCAGUACCAGGAGUCCACCUCCAACAUUAUGAGUUUGAUAAGAGUCUUGUUCGCUUCACCUCCAUUCCCUAUUUUCGGUUCAAAAUUAUGAGCUACAACAUCUUGGCCCAAACUUACAUUGAGAAGAACCUCCAAAACUCAUACUACUACAAGCAGUGUCCCUCCAGAUGUCUGGAAUGGGAUUAUCGUAGGGGUAUUCUACAAUCAGAGAUUCUGUUUGAGUCACCUGAUAUUAUUUGCCUGCAGGAGGUGGAAGCUAAUGAGAAGGUACGGGAGGAGCUAUUUCGCCCCUUUAAGGAACAGGGUUAUAUUGUCCUGUAUGUCGAACGUGGCUUGGGUAUGCCAGAUGGUUGUGCCAUCUUGUACAGAGAUAGUAGGUUCAAACUAAAGGAGUUCAGCCCCGUGUUAUACCAGUGUCUCAAGUUGCAGUUGUUGAGCUAUCCCAACGUGGGCAUGGUAGUGAAGCUGGAGCUGAAAGAUUUCCCCGGCUACUGUGUUGUAGUAGCAAAUACACAUCUUCUGCAAAACCCGCGCCUCGUAGAUGUCAAACUAUGCCAACUAAUGGUACUGCUGGCAGAGAUGGAGAGGAUCGCCUCUUAUGGUACUGACAAAUAUCAUCCUGUAAUACUCACUGGUGACCUGAAUGUUUCUGAAUACUCUGGUCUGAUUUCUCUGCUGAGGAAUGGCCAUGCGGAUUGCAACCACAUACUGUCAUGUCACAGUCGAAAUAUCUUUACCCCACUGGGAGAAUCUUUGGCAGUACCCAAUGGCAUCUUGCGCAAGUACUUCAACAUUCGAUCUUCUUGCAAGGUUCACAAGUCUGCAGCCCUAUCACAAGAGCCGAAAGAUGCUAAGAAAAUUGAGAAUAAAAGUGCUCAAGGAAGGGGAAUGAAAUUGAUUCCCCCACUGGAUGAUACCUGUCGAUGGUGUUUGAACCAUCCUUUCAACUUUGAGGAUGUUUACCAAUUUGCCUUCAAAGCAUGUGGAGGUCUGGAAAACUGGUUUGAAAGACGGAAGUCUGUAAAAGAUUACAUAUUUUACAGUGGAGGUCGUAAGCAACUUCAGCUAGUUUCUCGUUUGCAUUAUCCAUCAUGGUUGGACUAUAAGUAUUAUUUCCCGUACCUACCCAACCAAUUCUGUGCAUCAGACCACCUUCCUCUGACAGCAUCUUUUAUAUAUCCCAUACACUAAUCUUGUACAUAAUAAUCCCAGCUACAUGUGAUCACAUGCUCCUUUGGACUUGGAUUUCUGAAUCUUUGCUUUUCAAGCCUUGGGAUGUCAAGCUCCAUCCGUGCUUCACAACUUGAACACAUGAAUAGAACACACAUUUAGUAAAUAAGUUAAAUAAUAGGUUUUAAAACAUCCAGCCAGUCAGGCAAUAGCAGUAAGAGGGAUAAUGAAGGAGAAUCAUCUACUUUGAAAUGUUAUUACAUUUCAUUCUACAUUUUUAUUACAAAUAUGCAAUAUCAAACAAAUAUUUGUUUAUUUUUAGUGGACUAUAAUAUUAUAAUGUUCAUACAUAUUAGGCACAUAUUAGUUUUAUGAUGUAGUUUAUUAAAUAUAAUGAAUUCUGUUUCUGAAAUCAUUUAUUGUUUGUUAAAUUGUGUCAUCCCUUUUCCAAUUCGGUGUAUCUUCUACAAAGAUUUUAUCUGUCAUAACCUAAGCUAACACGAAAAAUUCAAUAUGAAGCAAUGAAAAUUUUAUUUUGUACUGCUUAUGAAGUAUAAAUUAAUUAACAAUAGACUAAAUAAUAUCUAAGAUUGAUAAGUUGAAACUCCAUAAAUGUUUAGAUAUUUUGUUUCGUAUGUAUAGUUCAAACCAGUAAAGUAGUAGUUAGUAAUGAAUCAUAGACAUAUGUAUUUCCUUUCCAAGAUUUUGAAACUUAAAAAUGACUGUCCCAUAUGUUUUUUCUCUGAUAUUUAUUAAUGUUUUCAGUAAAAAUAUUAUUUAUUAACUAGUUAGUUUUUUUUUAUGUCAUGAUGAAUUUUAAGGUUUAAAACUCAAAUUCUUUGACUAUUAGUACAUACAGUAGUACAGUAAUUAGUACUGGAGAUAAAUAACUGCGGUAUAGCUCUAAUUUAAAUUAUGAAAACAUUAGUUGUGAUUGUUCUUUCAUACUUAAAAAAACCACCAAAUAAUAUUUGAUUGUAUUGAAUUUAACCAAUUAUUUUGGUAAUGCUUGAAAUGAUGCUUUUCCUUAUUUUGCACUCCAAUAUAAUCUAAAUUGAACAACUGAUGUCAGAAACACAUUUAAAUUACAAAUAGAACUUUAAGGGUUCUCUUCUAAUCAGCAUGCUAGAGUAUGUGUAUGUGAGUUUUUAAUAUUAAUUUAUUUUAUUAUAGAUUACAUAUUUUGUAUGUGCCUUACAUAUGUAUGAUAUUCUGAGUUUAAUUACUGAAUUUCGUACAUAAAUCUGUAAUUAAAGGUAAUUUUGUUAUAAAAUCGUUUUGUAAUAAAUAGGUGGGUAAACUUAAAAUGACACUGAUCAAGAUACAGUACUAUACUGAUAAAGGAUUGAGGGUAUAAAAUUAUUCUAGUUAAUUAAAUAAUGGGUAAAAGCAUAAAUGGCUAUUUUUUACCAGUCUAGUAUAUUUGUGAAUUUACAUAAACAGCAUAUAUAAAGAUACGAAGAGUCAUAUAGUAUAGUAAGAUUUGUAGCGUGCAAGAGUAAUGAUUUGAGAGUUAUCUCCUUAGCAUCUACAUACAACACAUUUUCACCGAUGGACUGUUUUGUUUUUCCACAUCAUUCCGCUCUGUACUCUCCCCGUCCUUCAUAGUAGCUUAUGGACAAUGGUUUUAGAUAUUUCAUAGAAAAAUUAGAUUAUACAACAUAGUAUUGUAUAUUAAUCACUAUUUCACAUUAAAAAAGAUUUAUAAGUUUAUUUCUUAAUAUUUAAUGAUAAAUUUUAAACCUGAUUUGAAAAAUUUAUUAUUUAUUUUAACCUUCUUGUGAUUGGCUAUUAAGUACUAUAGAACAUUGUAUAUAACUAUUUAAAUCUAAAAGUUAAUAUGAGUAGCACUCUGUCGCAGCAAGAACUGUAAACGAACAAUACUUGAAAUGGCACUACAUGAGAGCUUCUUCCCCAUUAUCUAGGGGGUGCAGGAGAAAUAUCUCAGCAUCAGAAGUAACUCUACAAAUAGAAACCAUAGUUAAGUUUUGGAAAUAAAAUAACCCUUAUGUACUAUGGGGUAUAGUACCCAAUCUUGAUACAGAUAGACUCAAAAAAACCAGUCGCCAAAGUCUUAAGCCUAAAUGUUUAGCAUUUCAUGUAAUAGUAGCCAUGUUUUAAAUUCAUAGUAUAAACUGUAUUUAUUUAGAAAUAUUAUUGUGUAGUAAACAUUCACAUUAUGUGUCAUGCAAGUUUUCUCUUCAUAUUUUACUAUCAUGAGGGAUCGCUUAAAUUAUAGGAAUAUCUGAGUUUCAUUAAGUUAAAAUUUUGUGUUGGCGUCAUGAUGACAUCAACUGUGAUAAACCCUUAUUAUUUGUUUUACAAAUAAAAAUGUUCUAAUUUUUAAUACAUGGUUUAGUUCAAAUUGUUUAAUUCAAAAGGGUGGAUUUAUUAAGCCCCAUUCACACAGCAAGUGUCAGUGUCAGAAAUGCUAAAUAAUCCAUUGCAAUUCCUUGCAACGGGUUUAGCAACCUAAAUAUAUUUUUGAAUGAUGUCAGUAGAGCAUUCAAGUAUUCAGUUCAAUACCAAUUUAUCAGAAAUGAGUAGCAAUGUUUAAGUAUUUAUUACAAAAGAUGUUAAAAAACUAUUAAAUGGGUAACACCAAACAGUCCCCAUAAUAUUGUGAAAUUGUGCUGAUUAUGUAAAUAUACUGAAAAAUAAUAAUAUUAAAUGGUUUUAAAUAUAAAUAAUUAUACAUAUUAUGAAGGAAAAGAGAUUAAAGAGGAAUGUUAAUAAUUUGUUCAG